UUUCAUAUCACCGUACAAAAUAUAUAGUCAUAUGUAUUUUCACAGCUUAUAUAUCAUAUACAGAUUUUAGGUUUUAUUUUUAUUUUUGUUUUCGGAAUCGGGUUUAGGUUUAUAAUUUAUUGCUAAGCAUCUUCUUUUACUUUUGUACCACCCUCUUCUCUCUCUCAACUUUUAUUCUUACCGCCUUUUGCUUUUUUAUUCCCCUUGUCUCUACUUUCCUUCUCAUUGGAGUGAAUUUAGCUUCCAUCCUUUCCCCUUCUCCUUUUUCCUGCUCUGUUUUUCAGUUAUCUUCUCCCUUGAUCUCGCAUUCUCUCUCGAUUCUGUAAAGUACAAUUCCUUUUCCUUCUCUUUUCCCGGGAAAAAAAUCGCAUCUUUUCCCGGAAAGUUCUCACCUGGACAUUACCUUGUUGUUAUUGUGUGAAAGCUUCCUACUUUCUUCUUCUCCUGCUUACGUCAAGUUGUCACCUUUACGUGAUUUCAAUCUCUGGGUUUCUUCAGACGACAUUACCUUGUCCGAAAAGCAUCGAACUUUGAUGGGUCUCUGUCACGGAAAACCUAACGAACACCAAUCGAAACAGAGCCUCUCAAUCACCACCAACGAGGAGGAGGAGGAGGAGGAGGCACCCAAGACUCCUCUCAAUCUGUUUAGCCCAUUCCCUAGCCUCUUCAAAACCUCAUCACCUGCCGUAUCCUCCUCUAGCGUGAGCUCCACGCCACUUCGCAUCUUCAAGCGACCUUUCCCACCUCCUUCACCCGCUAAGCACAUACGCGCCUUCCUCGCGCGUCGUCACGGCUCCUCCACUAAGCCUGACCAAGCUUCGAUCCCUGAAGGGAGUGAGUGUGAGGUUGGCCUUGAUAAGGCUUUCGGAUUCUCCAAGCAGUUUGGUUCGUACUAUGAGAUUGAUGGUGAGGUGGGUCGUGGUCAUUUUGGGUUUACUUGCUCUGCUAAGGGGAAGAAAGGUAGCUUGAAAGGUCAUCAUGUGGCUGUCAAAGUUAUUCCCAAAUCAAAGAUGACUACGGCAAUUGCAAUUGAGGAUGUUAGAAGAGAAGUUAAGAUAUUGAAGGCGUUGACUGGUCACAAGAACCUAGUCCAGUUCUAUGAUGCCUUUGAAGAUGAUGAGAAUGUUUACAUUGUCAUGGAGUUAUUGAAAGGAGGUGAACUACUGGACAAAAUACUUCAAAGGGGAGGCAAAUACUCAGAAGAGGAUGCUAAGAAAGUAAUGGUUCAGAUUCUUAGUGUAGUAGCAUACUGUCAUCUUCAAGGUGUGGUUCACCGUGACCUCAAACCUGAGAAUUUUCUCUUCCGUACAAAGGACGAGACUUCUCCUCUGAAAGCCAUUGAUUUUGGUCUCUCCGACUAUGUCAGACCUGAUGAGAGGUUGAAUGACAUUGUAGGAAGUGCUUACUACGUGGCCCCUGAAGUGUUACACCGUACAUAUGGAACUGAAGCAGAUAUGUGGAGCAUUGGAGUGAUUGCUUAUAUACUUCUCUGUGGUAGCAGACCCUUUUGGGCCCGUUCUGAAUCUGGAAUCUUCAGAGCUGUUCUUAAAACAGAACCCAAUUUUGAAGAAGCUCCUUGGCCAUCUCUUUCACCUGAUGCUGUAGAUUUCGUGAAACUUUUGCUGAACAAAGACUACCGUAAGAGACUAACUGCUGCACAAGCUUUGUGUCAUCCGUGGCUGGCGGGUUCACAUGAAUUAAAGAUACCAUCUGAUAUGAUCAUUUACAAGCUCGUCAAAGUAUACAUUAUGUCUUCUUCUUUGAGGAAAACAGCUUUAUCGGCGCUUGCCAAAACAUUAACUGUACCGCAGCUGACUUAUCUGCGUGAGCAAUUUAAUCUGUUGGGACCAAGCAAAAACGGAUAUAUCUCAAUGCAGAACUACAAAACUGCGAUCAUGAAGAGUUCGACAGAGGCUACGAAGGAUUCAAGAAUCUUGGAUUUUGUAGACAUGAUUAGUUGUCUUCAGUACAAGAAACUAGACUUUGAAGAGUUUUGCGCUUCGGCUUUAAGUGUUCAUCAGCUAGAAGCAAUGGGAACUUGGGAGAAACACGCACGCCGUGCUUAUGAGCUGUUUGAGAAGGAUGGAAACAGAGUCAUCAUGAUCGAGGAACUUGCAUCGGAGCUCGGUCUUGGUCCAUCAGUCCCAGUUCAUGUUGUUCUUCAGGAUUGGAUAAGACAUUCUGAUGGCAAGCUAAGUUUCUUGGGUUUUGUCAAACUCUUACACGGUGUGUCCUCUCGGACAUUGCAGAAAGCGUAACCUUGACUCACACAUCUACUUCUCCUUAGCCUGCCUCUAGGAGAUGAACCUUACACCAAGUCUAAAAAUUAUGACCUUAAAGGUAACUCGAGAGGAACUCAACCGCUGCAGAGCUACCACAUUUGUCAGAUGAAGUUGCAGUCUAGGAAUUGAUAUGGGUUCUUUUUGCUCUGUUUCAUGAUAGUCUUUUUUUUUCUCUUUGUUUUGGUUAAAGAUAAGAGUCUUUAUGGUUCAAGAAUGGUGUUAUAAUGAUAUUAAAGGGGUUGUACAGAAGAAGAAACAUACCCACUUCCCCAUUAAAGUGGUCUCUUUCUUCUUACCUCAGUUCUUAGUUCUUACCUUAACAAAAGUAGCAAUUUAUAUUUGAUGCUCAUCAAUGAGCAAGAUACCUUGGUUUAUCAACAAUCAUCCCUAACCGAUUAUUUCGUGACAUCUCUUCAUUGUAAGAGACAGCAUACGCUUUCGGACAAGUACUUCUAUUGGGGACACUGCGAGACUUGUGCAGGCUUAAGUAAGUCAUCAAGAAUCUAGCCUAAGGUGUGCACUUGAAGAAGCCAUGUUUCUUAACAGGUAACUGAGUAGUCCUCUCUGGUUUCUGACUAAGAGUUCUAAUGUGAUAGACUCAGUGAGAUUUCUUUUAUAGGCCCUUCCGAAUGCCUUCGGGAAUGUGCAUCAAUCCAAUACAUAACAAGAAAGGUAUAUUGAUGGAGUUGAUAAAAAACUGAGUUUAGUGACAAAAUGUUGUUUUGUUGUUCAAAAAAUGUGAAUUAUAAAACCAAAAGAGAAUUGUUACAACUUACAAUAGCUAUAUGAUAGACGCAUACCUCUCAGGGCAAAAAAAAAAAAAAAUUGUGAGAAGCCAUGUUCUGGUACAACAAGAAAAGUUAGCUGAUAAUUAGCUAAAAACUAAACCACAAAGAAAACAGGUUAAAAGAGGGAUAUAAAAUUAUCGGUGGUAGAUUUGCAUGAAAUCGCUCCUAUUUUUAUUGAACCGCUACAAGAUCAACAAUUCCAUGAGCUUAGACUUCUGUUGCUGACAUAAAAACAUCUCUUUCCAUGUCUUCGGAUACAACCCAUAUAGGUUUGCCCGUUCUUUGUACAUAAACCAUUGUGAUGGUUUCGCGAAGUUUUAGUAGUUCUUCCACUUCCAAGAUAACUUCUCCCGUUUGUGCCUCAUAAAACGAAUUAGCGGGUUGAUGGAUCAUUACCCUGAUGAUAUAAUAGAAAAGCUUUUUCUAUUUCGCAGAAUGAGACGAGAUAACAAAAAAAACAGAGAAAUUUGAAUAAUCGUACAUGCUUUUUUUGUGCGUUGCAUACGGCUCUAGAAUGGAAUUUACGUUUUUGAUCUUUCCUUUCGGCGAAAGAAAACAAAAUAUAGGUUCUAUUAUACGCAGAUCCAUAAAUGAUCCAAUUACCAUCCUUUUUUUUUGUUUUGUAGGAGUUAAAAAAAUACUAUGAUGGUUUCGUUGCUUUAUAUAUCUUUUUUUUUGAUCCGUCUAUGAUUCAGCAAUCCCAAAGUGUCUUUUUUUUUGUUUUUGUAAAUAAGCUUCCGGUGUGAAAACAAAGUUUGUGACGCUGAGAUGUGCCAGAAUAGGGAAGAUAUCAUUUUAAAUACCCCUUUCUUAUCCCAUACUACUCCUUCAAUAUAUAAUCUAAUUUUUUUAAUCUAAAAAAAUUUCAUAUCGAAUUCGAAGUGCCAUGCUAUUAUUAACUAAUUCAUAUUUCCGAGGGCGAAGGCAUAGUAUUUUUUCUAUAAAAUAAAAAAAAAACUCAUUGGCGCCAAGCGUGAGGGAAUGCUAUACGUUUGGUAAUUUCUCCUCCGACUAGGAUAAAGGAUGCUAUUGAAGCGGCCAAUCCCAUGCAUAUUGUCUGUACAUCGGGUCGCACAAAUUGCAUAGUAUCAUAAAUAGCCAUUCCAGAUAUUACCCAUCCACCAGGAGAGUUUAUAACAAAUAAAGAUCUUUGGUAUCGUUUUCUAUACUGAGAUAUAUCAUAAGACUAAUAAGUUGAUUCGAGAUUUCGGUAUCAACCUCUUGGCCUAAAAAAAAAAAUCUUUCUCGAUAAAGUCGGUUGAUUAGGAUAAAAUUUUAUUCCUUAGGAGCCGUACAUGCACCUUUUGAUGCAUACGGUUCAACAAAAAUUGUUAAAAAAUCAAUGUGUCGAUUCCAACCCCCUUUUUUUCAGAGAAGACUUUUCUUUCUAACUUAAUAAGGGAAUGGCUUGCUUCCCUUUUAAAAGUAAAAGAAAAAAUAAAUAAGUUUUGGCCCCUUUUAUUUAUUAGAUAUUAUAAUCCUAAUAAUAAAA